CGAGGACAAUACUCGCGAGCGCGCAUAGUUGGCUUUGCGAGCAGCCGCAGGCAGGCGCGCGCCAAUUGUUGUUUUUUCCGUGACGUUUAAUACACAAUUUUUUUCUUCUUUUUGACUCGCGACCGCGAACUUUAUUCUCUUAAAUUUUCGACGGUUUUUGUCAGUUUCCGAUCGGUUGUGGACCUGGACGCACUUGUCAGAGGUCGACGUCUUAACCGAACAAUUCCUAUUGCUGACUUGUUUCACAUUUUUAUAUAAUCCAGGUGUUGAAAGUAUGACAGUUUUCGGUAGUGCCUUUUUUCGGGUUUGAUUAUCUGUGCGUCAUUUUUUUUUGACAAAGGAUUAAACUUUUUGGUGGGUCUUCUUUUUUUUGGUUGAAUUUUUAAAAAUUAGAAACUGAAAUGAAGAUUUGGAUUUAUUUUUCUGCUGUGACGCUCUUGCAAUGUUAUACGUCAGCUUUUGAGGUUCAUAAGCAUAUGACUAUUGAUGAGAUCAGGGGUACAUUUCAUGUGGAUAGUCAUCAUUUAGUUCCUGAAUAUGAAAUAGUCUCCAUCCAUCAUGUACGAAAACGAAGUAUAGCAUCCGCACCCGAUAAAGGAGGCAAUUCUCUAAAACAUGGUUCCCCAGAAAAAGGUCCUUUUUCUAAAACAGCCAAAAAGUGGAAUACGAAAAAUCCAACCCCUGAACCUGCGAAAAAUAUAGACGCGCUGAAAAACUUAAAGCUUGAGGCAUUUGGUCAGCCUUUUAAUCUAACUCUCUUGCCUAACGAUGGGUUGUUUAAGAAGAGUAAGUUAAAGGUUUUUACUAUCGAACCAAAUGCUACCGCACAGCAUGGAGUGGAGUAUAUAGAACACCAGGAGACAAAUGAUGACAUUGGCGACCUUUAUCAAGAUGAAGAAAACCAAGCAGCAAUACUUUUAAGAAAGGAAGGAGGAAGCUUAGUUUUGGAAGGUUCUAUUGGUUCUCAACUUGUAAUAAGACCAGUACCGGCCCGUCUACGUGAAACUGUUAAAAAUAAGCACAAGAUUUCCACUACUGACGAUGAAGUAUUUUUGGAUGAAGAUGGCAACUUAAGUGGGGAAAUUUCUAUAGAUACUGGUUUACCAAUUCGUAGACUAGAUGGUUCAAUCGACGCGCAUGAUGAAGAGGUAGCAUCAGUACAUCACCAUAUAGUCAUAAAAAGGAAAGAAGAGCACGGAGAUAACAUGAGCGACUACGCUUUGAUGGAACCAGAUCACUUGUCCAAACGUUACAAAAGAAGUGCAACAGCUGAGGGUAUCAGAAAAAAGAGAGAUGCUCCAUAUACGAUUUAUCCAGAGAUUUUAGUGAUAGUAGAUUAUGAUGGGUACAGGCUCCAUGGAGGUGAUAAUUUACAGAUCAAAAGAUAUUUUAUUUCGUUCUGGAAUGGAGUUGAUUUAAGAUAUAAGUUGCUGAAAGGACCGAAGAUAAGAGUUUCUAUUGCUGGAAUUAUAAUUAGUAGGGGGAGAGACGCGACUCCAUACUUAGAACGCAAUCGAGUGGGGAGAGAUGCUAUAGAUUCAGCAGCUGCCCUAACCGACAUGGGCAAGUAUUUAUUCAGAGAACGACGGCUGCCAGUAUAUGACAUUGCAGUAGCUAUUACAAAACUUGACAUGUGUAGGAGAGCGUACGCCAAUGAUCAAUGUAAUCGCGGAACGGCAGGAUUCGCUUAUGUCGGAGGUGCUUGCGUCGUUAAUAAACGAUUGGAAAAGGUUAACUCCGUGGCUAUCAUCGAAGACACUGGCGGUUUUAGCGGAAUCAUCGUAGCUGCCCACGAAGUUGGCCAUUUGUUAGGAGCAGUUCACGACGGUAGUCCGCCACCUUCAUACCUCGGCGGUCCAGGAGCAGAAAAAUGCCAAUGGGCCGAUGGAUUUAUCAUGUCAGACUUAAGGCAUACGGAACGAGGUUUUAGAUGGUCUUCGUGCAGUGUCGCUAGUUUCCAUCAUUUCCUUAAUGGUGACACCGCAACGUGUUUAUACAACACUCCCCAUGAAGAUGAUGGCUUACCAAGAGUGCUACCUGGCAAGCUCUUGACUUUGGAUGCCCAGUGUCGGAGAGACAGAGGGACGAGCGCAUGCUUUAAAGAUGAACGAGUGUGUGCACAACUAUUCUGUUUCGAUUCAGGUAGUGGCUACUGUGUAGCCUAUAGACCUGCUGCAGAAGGGUCAACCUGUGGAGAUGGUCAAUACUGUAUGAACGGCCGCUGUGUGGCAGAGCACGAAAACAUAAUUCCCGACUAUUCCCAAAAUGCACCAAGCUAUGUCAGGCCGAAUGGAAAUCCUGGUAGACCUUUGUUUUCAGAAGAAGAACUAGAUGUUUCAGUUCCUGAUAUCCUUCCACCUGAGACAAUUCUACAACUAAAAUCAAACUAUCCUAAUCCUCCAUCAAAUUCUCCUCAAUUCAAUAUCAAUUACCAAAACAAAUAUACUACAAGUACUCAAGCUCCAACUCAUUCCAGCCCCUCGUGGGGCUGGUUUAUAGCCUCAAGCACUGAAAAAUCAAAUUCUUUUAAUAAUAACCUUCCACCCCCAACCACCACACAAAACGCCUACGUGGGAAGCUACUACGCUUUUCUACAAAAAACUACGAGAAGUCCCUACGACUUUAGGGACUUUGGCAAAAAGUCCACCGAGAACCCGUAUAGUAGCUCUGGGUUUGGCUAUAACGAUAAUAUCAAUAACAAUUACCUGAAGAGGUCGUACAAUGUUGCCAGCUACUACGUGGAGAGUAGCAGCAAUUUGAACAAGACUCUGGCGGUCUCUUCCAGAACUUAAGGCUGAAGAACUGGAGUAACCAAACCAACUCUGAAUCAAUGACUUGACAAAACCAUCGAGAGCGGCAAGAUGCGGUCUCGGUUGAGACGUUUCGACCGUCAUUGACCGAGGCCAUCUUCAGCAAUGAGAGUUACUGAAGUGAUUGUGAUUUUUAGUUAGUUUUUAGGAGUUGUUUAAUAGAACGCUCUUUAUAAGAGAUAUAAGAUUAGGAUUAUGCAACGUGAAUAGUGGUUAUACAAGUUUUUACAAGUUUAGACGUGUUUUUGUAAAUAAUUUAUUUCAGUAAGUUAACUUGGCAAUGAACUCAUUAUAAUAAUAAUGUAAUUAUUAGAUUUCUUUAUGCUGUACAGGGCUUCGACCUUUCCUGUAAUAAUUUAAUUUCAUUUGUAGAUCCUCUUUGUAAUACUCCUGUAUAUAUAAACAUACUUUCAUAUGCCAGAUACUGCCAAUAGUUUUUGUCUAUAUUUUAGAAAAAUAUAGAUAAAGUUUUAUACCUAUGCCAUUAAAAAUAUAAAAAAUAAAAUGAUAUUAGAUUUGACGCCUCAAUAUAAAAUUUAACAAAUGUUAACAAGGAUAAAAGGAUUUUUCAUAAUUCUUUAUUUAUUUUAUUUUAGAUUUAUAUUUUAGGCUUUAUUUAUAUUAAGUAUUAUUAUUAGGUAGAAUAUUUUACAGAUUUUUUUAAUGAAAUUAAAUUACAUGUUGAAAUUAUGUCUUGUAGUAGAAAACAUGUUUCGUACAGAAUCAAAACAAAAUAUAUGUAUUAUAACUUAUUAAUGCAAUAAAAAGACAGUGGAAAUUUG